AUGGUGUCGCAGGGAUACCCUUACCCUCGGCCCUCGACAUCUUACGUCUUCAUCACCGGCGCCAAUGGCCGCUGCGCGUACCAUGAAAUCGACAACGCAGCCUGGCGGGGCGCCGGCUUCCCCAGUGCCAUCCUCGACUUGCCCGUGGGUCCCCGGAUAUCCGUCGAAUCCAAUGGCAGCAGCAACGGCACCGGCACCAGCGACAGAGGGCGCCCCGCGGCCACCGCGGGCAGCCGAAGCAACCUGGCUGCCGGCAGCGGCAGCAACAGCGCGAUCGAAGUGAGCGCCAGCAGCGGCGGCAGCGAAUCCCGUGAGGGGGCCGGCCUCACAUUGCGAGAGGCGCUGGUUGAGGCGCACGGCAUCGACGCGGCCACGCUGCUGCCCCCUGGCACGCCUUUCACCCCAAUCCUCGCGAUCGGCAGCAACGCGGGCCCCGAGCAGCUGGCCAGGAAGUUCCCGCCCGCGCUCUUCCCGACCGGCGCGAUUGUACCCGUGGUCCAGUGCACCCUCUCCGGCUUUGACGUGGUCUACGCGCCCCUCAUAUCCUCGUAUGGUUCAGCGACAGCCACGCUCGAGGCCAGCCCGGGGACUGAGGUGGAGGUGUUCAUAACGUUCCUGACGCCCCCCCUGCAGCUGCGCAUGCACGAAACCGAGGGCGCGUACGACCUGCUGCGGCUCGAUGGGGUGGCGCUGCUGGAAGGGCAGGCGCUCGUAGGGGGCGCCCCGGGGUCCGGCCGUCGCCUCAGCAGCGUGUAUCAGUACAACCACUCCCUCGGCACCCUGCACCUGCCGCUGGCCCCGCCGCGGGGCGGAAGCUCGCCGGUCGCGCUCUCCGAAAUCCCGGCGCGCCGCCGGCGGUUCCCCGCCCUUUCGCAGGUCGAGAUGCAGGCCGCCCUCAUGCGCGGCUUCCUAGCCGGCAGCAGCAGCGGCGGCAGCACCAGCAGCAGCGGCGCGAGCACCAGCGACGCCGAGGCGAUGGAAUUUGGUGGCGACGGCAGCUGUGGCGCCGAGGUUGCGGCAGCUGUGGGGCCGCUUGCUCCAGUCGAGCUGCCGCCGCGUGUUGACGUGCCUCCUGGCCCGGCUGAUGAAGCUCCUUCGUUGUCAGCGGUAUCAACAGCAACGGCGGCCGCCCCAUCCGAUACAGUCACCGCAGGCAAAGCCGGCAGCAGCAGCGGCAGUGGCGCCGGGGACGGAUGCGGCGGCGGCGGCGGUGGCGAUGCCGAGGGUCUGGAUGAAUUCAUUAUCUCAAACCUUACGAUGCCUGACAUCAGGCGCGGGCGCGUCGCAGCGCUUGCGGCGCACGCGCGCCCGUUCUCGUACGCGCGCCACGAGCGGCUGAUGUCCCUGGGCACCAUUUUCAGCAAGAACGUCGAAUGA